GUGGUUCAAAAGGAGACCUACCUCUUGGGCAAUAGUGAUUUGACAAGUGGCUCCAUCCUAUUGCCACCUUCAGCUGUUUAAAGGCCAACACUGCGUAGAAUUUUUUGUUGCAAGAUCAAAGCAGCUACACUUCUAAACUUGGCCCUUUGCAGCUGAGCCUUUUCUUUUCCUUUCUUUUUUUAAUUUCCCUUUCUCUUUUACCAUCUCAUAUGGCAUCAUAUUCACUUAGUAGGAACCCUGGCUCAUCCUGGACACCAAUCCAGAACAAACAGUUUGAGAGGGCUCUGGCUCUGUAUGACAAGGACACGCCGGACCGUUGGCAGAAUGUUGCCCGAGCUGUGGAGGGAAAAUCGGCCGAUGAAGUGAAGAGACACUAUGAAGUACUUGUGGAGGAUCUCGAUCAUAUUGAGUCAGGUCGCGUUCCGGUUCCGAACUACAAGUCGGGUGGGAACGGUAGCAGCAUUCAAGUUAAUAGUGCAGGCUUCUGAGGUAUCUUAAGCUGCGGUAAAGAACAGAGUAGCUAAUUGCAGGAAGGAGAUGAGAGAGACUAGGACUCAGCUAUCAAGACCUCUCUCUCUCUCUCUCUCUCUCUCUCUCUCUCUCUCUCUCUCUCUCUCUCUCUCUCUCUCCCUCUCUCCCCUUGUUCUUGUACUGGUACUAUGUAAAAGGUUUCGUCUGCAGCAAUAGUUCACUCUUUGCAUGCCGCGUCCACAUUACACCAGCCGUUUGCAUAUUAAAAUGGCGAAUCAUAAUCAAAGGGUGAUUAUAACGGAGAGACAAAGCA